GACGUUUUCAUAGCUACGACAGCGUGAUGACGUAAGAUUAAUUUCUCAAAGAUGGCGGCCCCCACGGUGGUAGAAUGAUAUAUGUUUUAAAAUUAAAGUAAAAACACGCGAUUGUAAAUUGGUUCACACGCGAUUCACAGCUACAUUUGUGAUUGCAUAGUUUCCUUUGUAUUCAGGAUUAGGAAACACACGUUUGUUAAAGGAUAUUCAGAGGUCUCCAGCUUUAGGUUAUUUUGAAUAAAUGAAGGAAAAUAAGGAGAACUCCACUCCUGUGACAAGCCUGGACCACAUAAAACCAUGCUGGUACUGGGACAAGAAGGAUCUUGCUCAUACCCCCUCCCAGUCUGAAGGUCUUGAUCCAGCAACAGAGGCCAGAUACCGCCGGGAGGGAGCAAGAUUCAUAUUUGAUGUGGGAACCCGCUUGGGGCUACACUAUGACACACUGGCAACUGGGAUUAUCUACUUUCAUCGUUUUUAUAUGUUUCAUUCCUUCAAACAGUUUCCAAGAUAUGUCACUGGGGCUUGCUGUCUGUUUCUAGCUGGAAAGGUAGAAGAAACUCCUAAGAAAUGUAAAGAUAUCAUCAAAACGGCUCGCAGUUUACUAAAUGAUGUUCAGUUUGCACAGUUUGGAGAUGACCCAAAGGAGGAAGUAAUGGUGCUGGAGAGAAUACUGCUGCAGACAAUAAAGUUUGACUUGCAGGUGGAACAUCCUUACCAGUUCCUCCUACGAUAUGCAAAACAACUUAAAGGGGACAAAAACAAACUACAGAAGCUGGUGCAAAUGGCCUGGACAUUUGUAAAUGACAGCUUGUGCACCAUGCUGUCCCUGCAGUGGGAGCCAGAGAUAAUUGCUGUAGCUGUAAUGUAUCUUGCUGGCCGGUUGUGUAAGUUUGAGAUCCAGGAGUGGGCAUCGAAACAGAUGUACCGUAAAUGGUGGGAGCAGUUUGUACAAGAUGUUCCAGUUGAACUGUUGGAAGACAUUUGCCAUCAGAUCCUUGAUCUUUACUCCCAGGGGAAACAGCCAAUUCCCCAGCAGAUCCAGGAGAAAGAGAAAAUCAUGCCAACUCUCCAGCAGCUACAGGCACUAGCACAGGCACAAGGCCAGAACUCUGGGCAAAGUCAGUUGGGACAACAGGCCAAGAAAGCCUCCCCACAAUCCAGUCCUCCAAAACAGCUGAAAAGACCACAUGUUGGAUCCCCUAAGGAUGAAAGCAAGGUAUCAGAGCAAGUGGUUUCUAAAAUUCCCAGACUGGAGACACCACUGCCACCACUACCAAGCGUGCAGCCCCCACCAGAUCGCAAGCCUCCUCCGGUAGUGUCUGCGCCUGUGGGAGAGGCCGAUUUGGCUGUGACUGGCGAUUCCAUUGAAAUACCAAAAGGACCAGUUCCCCCUCCUCCUCACCAAGCUCCGGUUCAUCAGCCACCCCCACUACCUCACCGCCCGCCCCCUCCACCCCCAUCCAGCUAUAUCAUGGGCAUGUCUACAUCAAGCUCUUACAUGUCUGGGGAGGGCUAUCAAAGUCUACAGUCCAUGAUGAAGACAGAAGGACCCUCUUAUGGAGCCAUGCCUCCCUCGUAUGGACCGCCAAUGCCGUACCACCCACAUGUUUACCCUCCUAAUCCACCACCCCCAGUGCCCCCUCCUUCAGCAAACUACCCCCCUCCGAACCUCCCACCUCCAUCUCCUGCCUACCCACCACCUGGAUACAACCACAACUAUCCUCCCCCUCCUCGGUUGCCCCCAGGCCAUGGUGUGCCACCUCCAGGGUUGGGCAUCCCUCCUGCCAACUACCCACCGCAUCCUGGCCCUCCAGGUGGGCAGCCACAGGUCCCUCCUUUGCCACCACCUGGCAUGCCCCCAGUAGGAGGUAUGAGUCGUGGAGGUUGGAUGAGAUAAAAAUAGAAACCAAAUGAAAUGUGUUUUGUUUUGGUUUAAAAAGCAUAAUAUUCCAUGCUAAUUUGAGUUUGUAUUGUCUGUAAAUAGUUUAGCCAUGGCUAUAGUUGUAAGAAUGAUUUUGGAUGAUACAUUAUCUAUAUUGAUUAACAACAGUUUUGGGAGACUGUGAUAUUUUUAAAUACACUUAUAGGGUGCAAUCAGUGAAAAUACAAGGCAAACACUGUAGAUGUGUUAUUUACAUACUUCUGAAACCACCAUUUUUUUCUUUCUUGUAGUGCUUGAGCUAAAAAAAAUAAAAAGAAAAAAAGAAAACCAAUAAUAUUAUACAUCUGUAUUAGCUAGUUUGUUUCUAUUUGAGUUGGGCGUGUAUCAUUGUACAAAGGUGAGUAGAUAAGUUUGAGGAUGGACAUGUAUUUGGGUUCCUACAAAUGGAGUUUGAUCUUCACAUUUUAAGUCAAGAUAUUACUCCCAAGUACUGGGAAUUGUAUUCUAAAAAAUAUCUACAAUCUGUACAGCGAGAAAGGAUUUUUCAAAAAUGUCACGUCUCCGAGAUGUGUACUCUGAUGUUGCUUUGAUCUAUUUGAAGCAUUCCAAUGUGAAAAUCCAGAAUCUGAAUUUCAAUGGACACAUGUAUUGCAAAUAUGAGCUUGUAGAUCAAUUUUACUGGGUAGAAGAACAUCUAUUUGAAAUAUAAAUAAAUAAAUAAAAAACCUCCAAUAAAGCAUGAGAAACAUUUAUGUAUGGGAUAUUGAGUUGGUAAGGGAAUUAAGGACCAAUUUGUUUUCAGUUGUCUUAAAGCUCUUAAUUCCAAAUGUGACUUCAAUAUGGCUUUUACAUGAUAAUAAAUGAAUACCAAGUCA